AUGCCUGAAAAGCACCAGCAGACCGGCAAGGCCAAUGCCAACACCCAGCCGAACGCUGCGCGAGAGGCCGCAUCGUCCCGAGGAGUAGAUCAGUUUGCGGCCUUUCAGGCAAGCCCGGGCCCCGUCAUCCCUCAGAACAUGCCCGAGCAGGAGGGGACCAAGGAGGAGCGCCAGGCGAAGGCUAAGGAGCUGAACAAAUAA